GGACACAGAGAGUGCUCUUUCAGCCCCUGAGCGAGGGGCAGAUACCGUGCUGACUCUGAGCUGGUACCUCAAGCGGAUGAACGAUGACAAGGUUCCUGAAGAGUUCCCUGAAGGAUUGCCGGAUGUUCCAGAGGAGCUCCUGGCAGCCUUGCAUGAAGCCCCAUCUGAGACAGAUUCUGAGACUGUGCCGGAGACCUUAGCUCUGGAAGAAAGUGACAGUGUGCCAGGCUCACAUGAAAAAAGAGAACCAAUAGAGGACACCAGGACACUUGCUGAGCCUGAGGAAUAUUCAGGGUCAUCCGGUGGGCAAAAAGCCGAGACUGCUGGACACUGUGACCCGAGCAAGUACUACAUCCUAGUAGGGACAGUAGCAGCCUCAGCUUUGCUUCUGCUUGGGGCAGUGUCUGGCUAUCUAGUCAUGCAUCAGCUGCUGAAGAGAGACAGGAGGAGCCAGGAGGACAAAGAGGCAACAGGACAGGACUGGGACUCUUCCUGGGAAAGCUGUGGUCAGCCUAGAGGUGAAGCAGAGCCAGGAGAAGGAGCGGGAAGUGGCGAGAGAGCCCAAGGCAACGGGUUCAGGGACAGCUGCCGCCUGUUUCCUGAGCUCUUUGCAGCAGAGCUCGCCCAGCUGUACAAGAACAUGAGCGCAGACCCGUCACCUCUGCCCACCUGCUCCUUCUGUGCUCUGGCUGACAACGCCUCUUCACGGGACCACUGGAUUUCCCUGGAGUCACCUCAGCCCACAGCAUCCUCUUGGCCCUCCUACCACCAAUACCUGCAGGACUACUAUCUCUUAGAGGAUGAUGAUUAGUGAUAGUGAUAGAUGAUUAGUGAUAGUGAUAGCCAUAAAUAGUGAUAGUGGUAGUGAUUCUUUUAGUGAUAGUGAUAGGGACACUUGAUAUUAGAGGGUGGUGGUUGUUUUAAUGAUAGUGAUAGUUAAUAUUAGAGGAUAGUGAUGGUUUUAAUGAUAGCGUUAGUUACUAUUAGGGGAUAGUGAUGGUUUUAAUGAUAGCGUUACUUGAUAUUAGAGGAGGGUGAUUGUAUUAGUGAUAGUGAUAGUCAUAAAUAGUGAUAGUGGUAGUGAUUCUUUUAGUGCUAGUGAUAGGGAUACUUGAUAUUAGAGGGUGGUGGUUGUUUCAAUGAUAGUGAUAGUUAAUAUUAGAGGAUAGUGAUGGUUUUAAUGAUAGCGUUAUUUGAUAUUAGAGGACAGUGAUUGUAUUAGCGAUAGUGAUAGUUAAUAUUGGAGGAUGGUGAUUGUUUUUGUGAUAGUGGUACAUUUAGUGAUAGUGAUACUUGGUAUUAGCAGACAAUGAUUGUUUUCUUGAUCUUGAUAAAUAAAUAUUUUUCCAAAAGCAGUAAA